CUAGAGCGUGAAGCUCUUCGGCAAGGUUGUUGCGGGAUCCUGAAACUAAUGAACCUGAUAGGGAAAAAACCAGAUUUUGUUACUUAAAAAAUAACAAAAUGGAAAAAACAGUUUCUAUAAAAACAGUCUUAUCAGAUUCAUUGGAAAAAACACGUCCAAAUUUCAAAACGUUUUUAUUAACAGAUGCAAAUGCAGGCGGUAAUGCCAUGGCUCAGAUUGAAGAGAAGAGAAAGAUCCGGCAGAUGAAAUUUCCAGAUCUUAGAGGACGUCAUGAUUGUGAAUCAUUCCAGAAAAGCUUAGAUGAUCCAAGCUUUAAGGUGUGGAAUGAUGAAGGUGAUCACUCAGCCUAUGCUCCCCAUCGCUGCUUUGACAAUAUUAUUGAUCCAGUUUCUGGCUUUGUUAGCGUUGGUGGGGAUGUUGAUCGUCACACUGGACAUGAACGUAUCCGCUCAAUGGUCCAGCUCAACAGAACACCUCAGUCUGCUGAUCCCAAAGAGAAAAAUUCAAUCCGAGUAAAUGAUCCUGCAGCGCCUCCAGAACUGAGACGAGAAAACACCUGGGCACCUGGAGAGCCAACAAAGUGGAACAGCCGAAAAGUGUCUGAUGGUUGGAUUCGGUCCCAACUUGGAGGCUGGACAAGUGAGUAUGACCCUCGCAAGCCAGCACCAGAACUUAUCAGAGCUAAGUCAAUGUACAUACCCAAGCCUCCAUCAGAAGAGAGCAAAUAUUCCCGUGACCACCUGGCUUUGAGGUAUUUGUACAGUUCUUCUACCCAACGGGGCUAUGAAGAAGUACCUUGGGAUACAAUGCUCCCACCUAAGAUGUGGGCUCCAGUUACCACACUGGAGAAUAAGCCAGACCAAAUUUCCCAGUGCUUCUCACAAAGAAGAUAUGAGCCAGCUGCUCAAGAGUGGCAAGCAUUAGGCAGGUCAUUUGACUGGUUUCAACAGAGACGAGGGUACUAUAAAUCUGCUCCCAUUACUUUCUGUAGUCCAUGCCCUAGAGCCCAUCAGAUUCCAUUAUAUGGUGGAUGCAUAGGAGCUGAGAACUUGGAAGAAAUGGACAAUGUUCAAGAAUCCUUUCAUCCUUUUACAAUCAAACGAGUUAUCAUUCCAUGUCCCUCAGAAACAUCUCACCGACCCAACAUCCCUGGUUAUAAGGGAUGCACUCUCUGGCAAGGAUAUUAUGCACCAGCUCAUUCUCAAGUGUCAGAGUACACCAUACAGCCAACUACUCUUGCAGUUCAUAGACCUAUGCCUCUAUCAGGGCCUCCCAAUCUAGUUAAGCGCGAAGCAGAAAUGUCCCGUAUGGUUACUCUUGUUCCACCAUGUAACCCAUUCAACACAAUUAACAAAGAAGAGGUGGUUGUGAGUUAAGAUUAAGGUUAUAAAAACAAACCUGACUGGACUCCUAUCAAAGGUGAAACUGCAUACUCUGAAAUUAUUAUAUGUACCAUAAGUUAAAUAUGAAAAGAACAUGUGUCUGAAACUGAUUUGUUAGCAAAGAAAGACAACAAAUGUGAACUGAAGCCAUAGGCUGUUAUUACCGGUUUACCCUGUACUAUGAUGAGCUCUGUGGCGUGUGUGUACACAGGCACAUGGAUGGGUGUAUGUAGUGUUACUGUGUAUGUGUGUUACUGAAAGAUUACUUAUCUCCAGCCAUCCCAAAUAAAUGUGAAUACUUAGGGGAAAACAUAAGAUUUGAUCUCUGUUUCUCAGCUGCACUUGAAAUAAGCACAAAUGUUUGACUUUAAGGUCAUUAUUGCUUUAAUUGUAUUUGAUUUCCUUUUUGGAAAUUAUAUGUUAACAGAUAUGAGUUAGAUCAUAACUUUGGUUUGUUUCUUCUGUUUAGCAUUUUGACCAGUUAGUGAUGCUUAUAUCUUAGUUUUGAGUCUCUUGUGAUCUCAGCCAUCAUUCUGGCAUAUAGGAGCCACUUGUGCCUAUUUUCUGAUGACUAUAGUCGCAGUCUGCUACGCGUGUAAUUAAUUUGUGAAAAUUGUGAUAUUUUACUUGACCAGGAUGUGUUAUGCAUUGUGUUCCUAACUCCUGCAGAACAUUUUCUCUUGUAUAAGAAUAUUUUUCUGACUUUCAAAUGAUCCUUAAUGGACUGUACAGUUGAAUUUUUUCAUGUUUUUCUAUUGUACAUUUGGCUGUUUAUUCUUUAUAUAAUUUUGUAAUGUGAAAGUUUAUUGGCGAUUUUCUCUCUGAGCUGUUGUAUAAGAUUUACUUUCUUACUUUCCAGUUAUGAAGGACAGUAAGAUCUGCAGUGCCUUUUUUCAUACAACUUGCCUUUUGUCCAAAGGGUAAUGAUUUCAAUGUGUGGCCUUAGCAUAAUUGAUACCUGCAUCCUUAUCACCGAGAUUAGAAAAGUGCCUUUUGAAGCCUGUAUUAGCUGUCUUGAUUUAUCGUGUCUUGUGAAUGCAGAUUUUCUUCUGAUAAGUUUGAGAUAGUCCUAUAUAUUUAUAUGGCCAGCUCAUCUUGUCAAUGAAUGUCAACCCAUCUUAUCAUUGUCCUAGAAACACUAUGACACUCGCCAAAGUGAUGGUACCUUUUCCUUACAUUGUCUGUAAACAUCUUGAUCCUCAAUAUGUGAUCUAUGAACUUCAUGACACUAUUGGCCUCCCCUAAAAAAAAUGACAUCUUGCUCUGAUAACUUAAAACAUCUCGUAUCUCUCAUACACACAAACUUUGUGCAAAUCUUUAUUAAUAUCAAUUAUCUUAGGGGAAGAAUUGCCAUAUAUAUACACAGUUCACACACUAGUGAAUUGAUAAUACCUCACAAAGGGUCAAAUGUGUGAAGGGAGUAGGGGUAGGGUUAGAAGAAAACACAAAAAGUUGUAAAGAAUCAGUCUUGUAUAUCCAUUUCAAAACUAAGAAAAGUUGCUACAAUGUCAUACAUCAUACAGAAAACAAAAUUUAGAUAUUAAAACAAAUCAGGAAAAUGUUCAAAA